UUAUACACAAUUUAAAAAAAUAUUUUGGACCCUAGAUAAACAUAGGUUAUGUUUGUUCCAUAGUUUUGUUUGUGUAAUAGUUAAUAAACUUGUGUUUAGUUUGGUUUAGAAAUUUAAGUAAACAUUACGAUGGACGACUUUAUUUGUCCAAGAUGCAAGACAUCAAAAUUCCAAAAUCCAUCUCUAAAAAUGAUGGUGAAUGUUUGUGGCCAUGGUUUAUGUGAAAGUUGUGUCGAUUUGCUGUUUCUAAAAGGAUCUGGAGCUUGCCCUGAUUGUCGAAUCCCACUUAGAAGAAAUAAUUUCAGAGUACAACUGUUUGAAGAUCCGGUUAUCGAAAAAGAAGUUGAUAUUCGAAAACGAGUUCUCAGAGAUUUUAAUAAAAAGGAGGAGGACUUUUCUAGUCUCAGGGAAUACAAUGACUAUCUUGAAGAAAUAGAAACAAUAAUUUAUAAUUUAACUAAUGAUGUAGAUAUUGUUGAAACAAACAAGAAAAUUGAACAAUAUAAAAGGGAAAACAGGGACUUUAUCAUAAAGAACAAAUCUAAAAUAGGUAGAGAAGAGUAUGAAUUAGAAGAAAUUUUGGAAAUAGAGAAGCAACAAGAGGAACUGCGUAAGAAUGUUAUUAAACAAGAGGAAGUUAAUGCAAAGAAAAAGAAAAUCCAACAGAAAGAAGCUUUAAUUGAUGAGUUGAUGUUUUCAAAUGCAAAUGCCAAGAAUAUUCUAGAGACAUUUGCUCAGAAUGUAGAGGAAGAAAAGAACAGAGAAGAAGUAGAAGUGGCAAAAUUACCAAAUAAGAUGACACAGUUUUCCACAGGCGUUCAGUUUGGCAGGGCUUCACAAUCAAUACAAUAUCUUCCAGUUAAAUUGGAUGAAGGACCUCUUUAUUCAUAUAAAUCUGUGACUAUUACCACUGAUGGUCCUCAGCCCCCAACCAUGGAUGAAGUGCUAAAUAAGGGUUAUACUAGACAUGUUCGAUCAGAAACUGAACAAGAAAUGGCUGGUGGAUACAAAGCAAAUAUUGCUUGUAUGAGAGCUCUACAAGAUGCGCUAGCAGGACUAUUUCAUGUUAAAAAAGUAAACACGUAAUUUACAUUUAC